AGUUAUUUCUGCUUCACGGCUGAUGACGACAUGUCAACAACAAAAAUGGCAACCAGCAGCGACUACUGGGAAGAUUUGCGUAAACAAGCUAGACAGCUGGAGAAUGAGCUGGAUCUCAAACUGGUCUCAUUCAGUAAGCUGUGCACCAGCUACAGCAGCGGCAACCAGCGGACAAGAGACAGCAGGUCCGAUGCUACUGGCUCUUGUCACAACAAUAUGCUUGUGGCCAUGACUACUGAGCUGGAGCAGCUUUUGUCAAAACUUACAGCAGUCAAUGAUAAAAUGGCCGAAUACACAAACACUCCAGGAUCUUCAUCGCAUAACGCAGCAUUGAUGCACACCUUACAGAGACACAGAGACAUUUUACAGGACUACACUCAUGAGUUCCACAAGACCAAAACCAACUUCUUCAGCCUGCGGGAACGAGAAGACCUUCUUGGCUCUGUCCAUAGAGACAUUGAGUCCUACAAGAGCAGCUCAGGAGUGAAUAACAGACGGACUGAACUCUUCCUGAAGGAGCAUGAGCAUUUCAGAAACUCAGACAGUCUUAUUGACAAUGCAAUAAGUAUCGCCAUGGCUACCAAAGAGAACAUCACAUUUCAGCGUGGGAUGUUGAAGUCCAUUCAAACCAGGGUCACAACUUUGGCCAAUCGUUUCCCCACCAUCAACAGCCUCAUCCAGAAAAUCAAUUUGCGCAAGAGGCGGGACUCUUUAAUUCUAGGCGGGGUGAUUGGCGUCUGCACCAUCCUGCUGUUGCUCUACACUUUCCACUGACUUGAUGGUCAGAAUAAAAGACUUUCUUUCAGAACACAUUUAUUGUAACUCUGAACAAUGGUUGCAGGACUUUAAAAUGUUUUUCUUCCUCCUAUGUUGAUUUAUUAUCUGUAAGGAAGUUGAAAGUAUAAAAAUAAAAUCAAAAAUAUAUAAUCAGAGCUUUUUAAAACAGAUUACUAAUUUCAAGUAAAAGGGUUUCAGCUAUCAGACUGAGGAGUUUAUUUAUUUUCAGAAUUAUGAACAUUUCCAACUUGUAAUUUUACAUGGCUGUUUGUAUCCUGUCGUUGAAACUGUGUAUAAAUGUAUGAUAUUUUACUACUGUUCUGUUGUACUGUUGAUGUUCUUUACGGUAGGUGUCUGAUAAAAUAAAGGUAAACGGCUCACUUUGAA